GAUAGAAACGGUCGCUGAAAACUACCUUUUCCCCCCUUCUUUCUAUGGGGUCAGUAACCUGUGAAGAGAGCAAAACAGAUUGACUGCAAACUGGGAUUUAUCUGUGUUGGCGUUUAAACAGUAGGCUUUUGUCGUCGUUCUUCGAAGCUGACGUUAUUUUUGCUUUUUCUAUUCGUCAAAGAGGACUUAAAAAAGAUAAUAUUUGGGAUUAACGAAGGCCAGUGCUUCACCUGCUGCAAGAAAACACAGGACCCUCAAUAUUAUAUUACCAGGCAAACGUGACUUGGCCCACCUGCCCUAAGGAGUCAAGGAGAGAAGGAGAGAAGGAAGGAGACAGAACUAUUGCUGCCCUCUGCUUCUUACUGCAUAUAGAUGUAUACUGAGAAAGUUGUGACGGAGGGGAAGAUGGUGAAUAGGGGAAUCUCUCUGACCUGUGUGUUGACCCCCUGCCGUGUGAUUGGUGUGUGUGUGACUCUGAUGACCCUGGGAGCCAUUGGAGCAGCCGUCUGGGCCGUAGUCACGUUUUGCACAAUGGAGGAAGACACCGGGCUGUAUGAUGUCCAGGUGAAUUCGGCUGACCAACGUCUCAGAGUCUUUGAUUCCGCCCAGAGGAGGUGGCGACAGGUGUGUUCCUCCUCCGAUAAUGAGCUGCUAGCUAGCAUCAGCUGUGAAGAAGUGGGCUUUAUAAGUGUGGUGAAUUACUCAGUCACAUCGGUGCCCGAGGCCAGUGGAGAUGGUGGGGAGUUCUUCUGUGUCAGACAGCAAGAGCUCAGCUAUGGCAAGAAAAUCAAAGACUCAUUGUUCCCAUGUGACUGUGAGAGCAGGGAGGUUCUCACACUGUUGUGUCAAGACUGUGGCAGACGUAGUUUUGCAGCAGACCGUAUAGUGGGUGGUGUGGAUGCCAGGCAGGGCAGUUGGCCUUGGCAAGUCAGAUUGGAGUAUGAUGGAGUUCAUCAGUGUGGAGGAACCAUCAUCUCAAACCGAUGGAUUGUCUCAGCAGCUCACUGCUUUCGAGAGCGGUAUCGCUUCGUCAAUCGCUGGCGUGUGCAGCUGGGCUCCAUCUAUAGCAAACCAGUCAACGCCAACGUGGCUGAGGUGAACACCAUUGUUUACCACAGCAGCUACCUGCCCUUUGUAGAUGCUAGCAUUGAUGACAACAGCAGGGACAUCGCUGUUCUGGCCCUCACCCAGCCACUCACUUUCAACGAAUAUAUCCAGCCUAUUUGCCUGCCAGCAUACGGUCAAAGACUGAUAGACGGACAGAUGGGAAUAGUAACAGGCUGGGGAAAUGUAGAUUACUAUGGUAUUCAAGCAGAUAUUCUCCAGGAAGUGCACGUCCCCAUCAUCAGUGACACUGUCUGUAACUCUCCUGAUUACUAUGACAACCAGAUUACCACCAGUAUGUUCUGUGCCGGUUAUGAGAAAGGAGGCACUGAUGCCUGCCAGGGAGACAGCGGCGGUCCUUUUGUGGCAGAAGACUGCCUGUCUAAGACCAGGCGGUAUCGUCUGCUGGGGGUGGUGAGCUGGGGAAUAGGCUGUGCCAUGGCCAAGAAACCUGGCGUCUACACCAGAGUGUCCCGAUUUCUGCCCUGGAUAUCUACAGCCAUGAGGAACUAUCACAACUCACCAGGGCUUCACAAAAUGGCCCGGACAUGAGAUUCCUGCUCCCAUGUUUCCACUUUUUCUUCUAUUGGGAUGACAAUAUUAAAAGACCUCAAAGAUGUCAACAGGGACAUUUGGAACGGGGGAUGAACGGCUGCGACGUUUCCCCCAUAUCACAGUUCUGGAUUCUCCUUUCCUUCCUGAUUCCUGAACCUUCCCACAUCGUUAAAUGCCCACCAAGACCAUACUCCUUGAUAGAUACCCUGUAUCUUUGCAGAGAUCCGCAGAGCUAUUCAAAGGAGCUGAACUUGAUAUUCAUUACAUUAACACAUUAACAUAGCAGCAAACAAAUAUUUUUUAUGUAAAGAUAUCAUGGAGUAAUGGCAUCCUAUGCAGAGAAUCUGUGUGUAUUAUAAUCCAAGCUUCUAUGUUCUUUGUUUUGAUAGCUGGUUCAGCAGCACGUGCAUGUUUGUGCGUACCUUUUGCUUCGGUAUCAGACGCCAAGAGCCAUGACAACCGCUGGUUGUGGACUCACAGUGUGUGAGUCCACUUUUUUCAGCAUUUCGAGGACAGCCCCUUUAAGAAACAUGAAGUUUUGAAAAGAUCAGCAAAAGGUUAUUAUGAAGUUAAAUAUUGAUAAGAGGGCAAAAGUGAAAAAUAUCAGAAUCAGUAUAAUGGAUUUAAGGUACAAGCUUUGCCAAAUUUGAUAAGAUUAUUUUUCUGAGAUGAUUUUUCCCUCACUCUUGUAGCUGUAUACUGCCGGGAUGUCACCAGAAGUAAGAAAUAACCACUAUAACUUGUGAGUUAAACAGCAUCACUUUAAAUUAAGACUUGUAAAUUUUCCGGUUCACCUUAAAGGUCCCAUAUUGCAAAAAGUGAGGUUUUCAUGUCUUUUUUAUUAUAGAGCAGGUUGAGGUGCUAAAUGAAUACUGUGAAACUAUCAAAACGCUAAAUCCACAGGGAAAUGCACUCAGCCCUUAUUCAGAAACAGUGCCUUUAAAUGAGUCGUCAGGACUCUUGUACAGUUAUGAUGUCACAACUAUACUAUAUACAGGUAGAAAAGGCCUCUACAGUGCAGUUACAGUCAUUCCCCAACUGCAAUGAUGGUGCAAGGACACCUAGACUGCCGAUAAGAAAGUGUAGGAAGGAAGAAAUGCUGACCAAUCAGAACAGACUGUUUUUUUUCAGGAGGGGCGCUUAAAAAGACAGGUGCUACGGAGCGUUUUAGACUAAAGGUGAAUAGAGGGAUCUUCAGACAGACUGUAUGAGGAAAAUAAUGUGGUUUUGAACAUUAAAGCAUGUAAACGUGUACUAGUAGAAGCACAAAAUACAAGAAUGAACUUGAAAAGGAGCAUGAUAUGGGACCUUUAAGAAUUCUACAUGUAAUUACAAGGUUUCAUACAAUAAGAAAUAAAUUCCUUAUGUAGAGGAUUUAUCUUGUUCCACGUGAGUCCCUCUCUUCAGUGCCAGACGUCCUGCAGCCAGCAGGCAUAGCGACCCACAGUGAGUGCAGACUGCACUGAUGAUUUGUAACUAAGAUCAUAAAGAUCUCAUGCAAAUUCAACUCCAAGUACUUUUUACAUUGUGCAACACACACACGCACACUCACGCCCGCACGCACACACACACACACACUAAUGAAAUGUCAAUAAUUUAUGAGUAAUGCUUAUGGAUAACUAGGUUUCCUGGCGAGCUUUUUUUUGUAAAAUUACAGCACACAUCCAACUUUUUGCAUUGUAUGAAUCUCAUUUUUAUAAUUAAACUCUUUCUUGUGUGAAGCAUGUUCAUGUCUUUUAUAUGCAGUAACCUGACUUUUGUAU